AUGAUUUUUUGUGCAAUCAAAUUUUCAUUUUUUACGUUACUAAUCGGCAUAGCCCGUUGUUCUGAAAAUCAAGCAUCACCAAAAUCGUUGUAUGGUACCAUAAAAGAGAACUCACAGAGCAACCAGACAGUUGAUUUCAAUGUUCCAAUCUUGUCAACAAUCACUGGACAGCAAGUGUGUACAUACAAGUUGGAGCCAAAAGUUGAAAAAGGCCCCAACCCAUUCAUCGUGGAGCUGGUCAACAGCACAACUGGUCAGGCCAUAAUCAGACUGGCCCGUGGGGAGGUGUUGGAUCAUGAGGUCACCAACAACUAUGUACUAAUUCUUACUGCAGAGUUUUGUGGUGGCCCAAUACAAACCUCCAAACAAGAACUGAACAUAAUGGUACUUGAUGUGAACGAGUACGCCCCAGAAUGGACGACGACCAGCUACGUGGUGGACAUGGAAGAGGGAAAAUUAUACGACAACAUCCUGAAGGUGAAGGCCAUUGAUAAGGAUGGCCUCUCUGAAGAUGCCGACGUAUGCUGGUACCACCUCCUAACUCCUGAUGUUCCAUUUCAGUUGGACAAUAAAACUGGUAUCCUUAGAAACACAGAAUCUCUGGACUACAGCAGCAGACACAACUACAUAUUGGAAGUUGUUGCAGAGGAUUGUAGGGGCCUCAAGUCUGAAAGCAUAUUCGUCAAUAUUCUUAUAAAGAAAAAGAAUAUUCACUACAAGAUGACCGCUCAUAAGGCGGCUCAAUUAUUCCCAAGAAGCAGCGCAUCCCUGAACAUAUGUGACGUCACAAACUGCAGCGUCGAGCAGGUUUCAGUUUCUAUGAAGUUGGGAAAACCCCGGGCUAACGACGGUAGCGGUGGCGAUGCUAGUAAUGAUUACGAAGUGCUGUCUGAGAUUGAUAGGACGUGUGAUAUGGACGACGCCUCUGUCAAGAGGAGGGUAUCCACUUGUGAUCUCUCAGAAGAUACAAUUGAAGUGCUAACUGUGCAGCACAUCAGACAGCUGAGUAAAAAUCCCAACAACCACAACAAAAACAACAACAACAAUAAUAUUAAUAAUAACAAUAAUAAUGACAAUAAUAAUAAUAAUGAUGAUGAUGAUGAUGGCUACUAUUUUGAUGGGAAGACAGCUUAUGACGUCACUGGCAUCAACGACGUCAUGGAUAAUAAUAAUAAUAAUAAUAAUGAUGAUGAUGAUGAUAACGAUAAUAAUGAUAAUGAAAACAACAACAACAAUAAUAAUAAUAAAGCGUCGUCGUCGUCAUUUCUGAUGACUAAAAGUGGACCGAGAUCAAAAUUUACCAUAUCCACCUGGAUGAGGAGGAGUAUGGAGGAAGGACUCGAUGCUGGAAAUAGCAAGCAGAGUAUCGUAUGCAGUUCAGAUAAUGACGGAAUGAGUCGCAGUCGAAUCUCUCUCUAUCUACACAACUGCCAUCUUGUGAUGUUGGCUCGCUUUGAGCCGUCAAAAGAUCCAGCCGUGAAGGAAGUUAAUGUCAGGAGAAGAAGAAGGAGAUCAACUAGUACAGAUGACGACAAUAACGUUAACAAUAAAGAUGCCGGCGGCAAGGGUGACGUCAUCGCUAACAGUGACAAGAAAAAUGACAACAGUAAAGAUGGAGACAGUUACGACAACGGUGACGACAGCAGAGAAUGGGUCAAAUACUCUGGCAACAACGACAACAAGAAGGGUGGUAAUGACGUCACCAACAACAACAACAACAACGGGGAUGACAGUGACGUCACCGACGACAACGAAGAGGACAAUUACGACGAGAAGGCCUUCUACCGCCAUAGUGAAUGGCACUGGAAACUGGACCAGGUCUGCGACUCCAGGUGGCACCACUACACUGUCAUGGUAGAUCAGGACGUCGCGAGGCUGUUUGUGGACGGCAAUCUAUUCCCCGAGACCCAACGCAACCCCUUCAUCAUCGACGAUCGGGCACUGCACAACUCGAAGAGGGUUCACGGAACCAAGUUGACUGUCGGUGCUUGCUGGAAAGGUCUGACAGGCAAGUAUGGAGAUUACUUGAAAGGUCAUUUGGCUGGUUUGUUGCUAUCACGAAAAUCAGUUGGCUCGGCGUUCAGCGAGCAAGCAGUUCGAUGCCUCAACAACUGCAACGAGAAGCUAGACUUCCAUUCCGUCAAUCAGAUGGAAAGUGGAAUGGAUUUCUAUUUCAUUUUGGAUUUCAAUUUCGUUCACCCGUUUUGUACAUUCCGAUGCACAAUAGAGAUUAAGAGUAUUUCGAUGAAUAGUCAGAUGACCGAACUGACCAUCAACGGUAGGUCGAAAGAGAGUGUCGAACAUUUGAUAUCCAGGGUGGCCUACAUCAAUCCGAGGUUGAUGACGUCAUCGUCGUCUGCCACCGCGCCAUCGGUCGUCGCUUUUCAGACGUCUUUGAAAGAAGACACAACAGUCAGACAAGUAGCCAUGGACAACAUAAAAAUAACCUUUAACCUUGACGACGAUGAAGAAGUCAGUGAAGACAACAACAACAAUGGCGGCGAAUCAGAACCUUUGCUAAUCAGCGGGACCGAACAGCUAGACGUUGUUGAUGAUGACGUCAGAAGGGGGGUCCAGAUUUUUAGGGAUGUGCUUAUCUAUCCGUUUCCGCUUGAUGAUGAUAGUUAUGGCGAUUUGGAAAAAGAAGCCUACCUAUCCAACGAGAUUCAAAGUUGUAACGUGAGAAUCUUCCCUGAGUUGGAUGAUGACGUAGACAGCUUGAUAUACUCCAACCAGCUGGUGCACUCCCAACACCUCAUUGUUAACUACACUCCUCAGGAGAUCGUCAUCAAGGGCCCGGGCAAAGUGGAAGAUUUCAUGAGUGUCCUGAAGAAGAUGUUCUACGUCCAUUUGAGGGCCGAGGAGGUGAAUGAGAAGACGUUCCAUCUCGUCUGCUAUCACGGUGGUAGAUCAGCUAUAGUCGUGAUAACUGUUGUUUUGUGUGCAGUCGUCCUCCUGGCCGUCAUCACUGUCGGCACUUAUAGAAUGGUCACCAAUAGGCCAAAAACUGUCAGAGUUCACGUUGAUAAUGAACAAGAUCUGCAAUGGGAUAAGUCUACGAUCACCAUAACAGUCAAUCCAUUGGAUGUGACGAGUGCAGCUGACGCGCUAGACGACGACGACGACGACGAAGAGGUCCACAAGGACGAUAAUAAUAGAAAUAAAAAUAACAACAAAAAUGACGUCAUCAACCGCUGUGACGACUACGAGAACAACAACCUGCACGUCGCCGGCAACGAUUACGCUGAUGACGACGACAUAGGAAGCGCACACGAGAUGAUGAAAGACGACGACGACGACGACGACGAUGGCCGCAAAGUGGCUGACGACGACGACGACGAAGAUGUCUCCAAAAUUAAUCACCUCAUCAUUAGUGAUACUGAGUAA